AUGGUGAACCAUGGGCAGCUGCAGGUGGCCACCAGCCAACUCAGCGAGAUGAUGCAGGAUCUGUUGCAAAAGAUGUCUCUGCAGGACAAGGAUUGGCAGAAGGCGCUCGAGAAGCUCUUCGUGGACAUGGACUGCAAGCUGGACCGCUUGGCCCUGGAUCCCGUGAGCCGGCAGCUGGAGGAGGUGUGGAAGUUCAUCAAGAAGUACCUGAGUGAGGGGCCUCGCUUUGAUGCUGACAGCGCGGCUGGCUUCAAAAAGCAGCUCUUUGAGAGAGUGAAAUGCAUCUCCUGCGACCGGCCAGUGACCAUGAUGACCGGGCCGCACAUGAUCACUGUCCGGAAAGCCACGCUGAAGCCUCGUCCAGUCAGUGCCAGUGGCUACGAAUACCUGUUCCACCAGCAGAAAAGGGAUCAGGAUCCGAGCGAACUGAGUGGCAACCCCCCUUUGCAGACCUGCUGGCAAUGCCAAGCCCAACAGCAAGCCUGCGCCCUCAAGCACCUAUCCCGGGCCCAGGACUUCGCCACCCUCUACCCCUACGGGGACCCUAAUGCCAUCACCUACGACAAUACUGAGGUAGACAUUCUGGGAGUGAACGGGGUCCUCUACAAAGGCCGAGUGAGCUCACAUGCGGCAGAGCGGACAUUUGCCCUGCAGAAGGAAUUUGCAGCUCUGAAGAUUCCCCGGCCUCCGACGGGGGUGCGAAUGGAGAGAGUUCGCUCUGCCUUUGCAGACAUCAGUGCAGUGCCCUACCCCUCCUCCAUCCUCCGUCGAGUGGGGUCUGCAAUAGCCAACAGCAAUCAGCGACCGCAGGAGCUUAGCUGUGACCCUGUGGACAGAACAGCUAUUGGCGCGACCCUCGGUGAAAGCCACGUUCAGAACGAACGGGAGGUUCCAGGCCUGGGCAGCCGUAGCUUUUAGCAUUCCCUGAAGAUUUUGGUCAUCCCUGUCAGACUGCUGAUACUGUAACGGAAGAGGCUGCUUCCCACCCAUCUGAAACAGAAGCCACAGACUUGCCUGGCUUUCCAAGGGGAGCGGCUGUGUCCACAACUACCAUCAUGCCCGACUCAUGUCAGAUGUGCAGCAGAUCAUGGGCUAAGAUUGGUGCUUCUCUCCGUGGUGAACCAGGAUUCCCGAACAAAACAUUCAUUAUGAUGACAGUGAACACAAGUAUUUCAGGGGCCAAGAUCUGCCAGAGAUUCCAGUUUAGACCCUGGCAUCUUCAGAAACCUGACCAAUGUGCUUCUCCUUCCCUCUCCAUAUGGGAUUUCGGAGAUAUUCCUGAUACUGUCUCUGUCUCAGCCAUGGCACAGGAAAGCAUUCAUCUAGUGAGAAAAUGAUUCUAUAA